AUGGAUACCGCUAAUACAUUUCUUCUCCAAGCGAUCGGACAAGCCGAAGCAGUUGAUGAAAAAAGAUGUUCGCAUCGACCGGGGGUAGUUGCGUCCAGCAUGCGCAAGCACAGAGGCUGGUCGCUGUUAUCAAAAAUAAGGAUAAUCAAUGUGUUUUCCAUUGGAAAACUUUCAGAGAUUAAACUGAAAAGAACAGAUACUACACUUGAUCUAAGCCAAUUGGCAAAGAGAGCUAAAGAAGAAAAGAAAGAAGGGGAAGGAAAGUGGGAAGUGGUUGGCUUAUAA